GCGUAUUUAUUUUAGGCAUCGGCUACACCCGGUUCAGUCCUCCUUGUCUUUUACAACGACCAACAGUGUCAGUGUUUUUGUGAAAUUAUUAUAAAAAAAAGUUUUUUUGGAAACAUGUCGGCAUCACCUAUUGCGAGGCAGGCGACCAACUGUCAGGCCAUUCCUUCAAGGAGGGUGCUCAUCACAGAUCCUUCGCAGAUGCCCGAUGUCUACUCCAGCACACCUGGAGGCACUGUGUAUUCCACCACCCCCGGAGGCACAAGGAUAGUAUACGAGAGGUCAUUCAUGAUGUCAUUGAGGCAGUCACCGAUCUCGCAGACCCCACCGAAGUGUGCGCUACCAGCCGCAUUACUGAAGAACCCUAACUCCGUCCCCAAUGUCAUUCAACCGACUGCGGCACAAAAGGCGCGCUCAAACUCUAUCUCAUUCGACGAGACGCAAGAAACCUUCAGCAUGGAUCUCUAAUAGCUUAAGACUUAAGUCAUUAUUAAACUUAUACUUUAUAUUGUACAAUCUUCUGAUAUUAGUAAGUUCCAAACAUUUUUCUUAAUGUCUGCGCUUACUUUUUAAUGUCUAUUUCGUACAUUGUAAGUACCAGUUUUGUUAAAAUUAAGGUCAGAAAAAACAAAUAGAAACUAUUUCGUUUUUUCUUGCCUUAAAUGUAGUUAAGUUAGUUUUAGUCAGAUGCGUGACUGAACAUUAUUCUAGCGUUCAAAACGCGGUCCUUUGCCACGCCCGCCAAAAAUACAAUAAAAAAAUAAAAAAUACACAGAUUAUAAAAUAAAAAAAUAAAAUCAAUUCUUAAUGGAAUGGAUGCGUUCGUAAGUUGAAAUAGUAUGAGACCAAAAAUGUAUUUAUUGUUUAAAAAAAAUGUGGCAAAAGAUAAAAUUGUAAAUAAUUGUUAGUUUUAUGCGUGUAACGCACAUUGUAGGUGCUUAGUAUUUUUAUAUUAAAAAGCAAGUGCCAUUAAAGGAAGUUGAUUCGUGACAAAUAAUUUGCUUCCAACUGGUGUUGCUGACAUUGUUAUGAAAUCUCAGAUUUUAAAUGCUGUCUGGGUUUGCGAUAUUAAUUUGUAUGUAAGUAAAAUCGGUCACAGAUUGCUAUAAAUCUUGUAAGUCAUUGUAGGUAUUAUUACGGUAGGAAUCUGAAAAUUUAGGAAUUAAAUUAAUAAUUUCUAUUUAAAUAGGGCUUGGUUACUGAAUGUAUUGCGGGGUUUUGUGAGAUUUAGUUAUUAAUCAAUGGCCGCAGUUAUUUAGUCUGACUUGUUGACUUAAAAGCCCUAGUUUAAGGACUUACUUAUUGAAUUGUUGUUCCAAAGCAUUUAAUAGUCCGUAAUGGACGGCUUAGUCUACCAUCUCUCUUGUGAGGCAUACCAUGUACAUAUGGAUGCUUUCAGUAUAUUGUUGUACUAUGAUAUUACAAUUAUACGACUGCCAGUAUAUAAUAAUAAUUAUGGAAGUAAUAAAAAAGUACUAUGAAAUUA